UACUCUAGGCCCUUUGAUCUUUGGUGAUUCCUUUGGUGCACGUGUCAGAGGGAGAGAGGUGCAAUAUUAUUACUAAUCAUGGCAGAACGUUGGGUUGGACGGGUAGCAUUGGUAACUGGUGCCUCUGUAGGAAUUGGAGCAGCAAUUGCUCGCAAAUUGGUUGGACACGGAAUGAAGGUCGUUGGAUGUGCCAACAACGGAUUCGACAAAGUCAAGGCAAUUGCUGAGGAACUCAAGUCCCAGAAUUCAUCAGGUCUUCUGUACCCAGUGAAAUGUGACUUGAGUAAGGAGACGGACAUCCUAGCUAUGUUUUCUGAAAUUAAGGAAAAGUUUGGUGGAGUUGAUGUUUGUGUCAACAACGCUGGUCUUUCCUUUGAAUGUCCGUUGAUGUCUGGAAAAACGGAACAUUGGCGAUACAUGUUGGAGGUGAACGUGUUGGCCCUUGCAGUCUGUACAAGAGAGGCUAUUAGUCAGAUGAUGGAGAGGGGUGUAAACGAUGGACAUGUAUUUCAUAUAAACAGUAUGGAUGGACAUCGAAUUGCUGGACCAGGGUCAACCAUGGGAUUUUACGGUGGAACAAAACACAUGGUUACAGCUAUGACAGAGGGACUUCGACAAGAACUUAGAUCAAAAAACUUGAACAUCAGAAUUACGAGCAUAUCCCCUGGAUGUGUUGAGACUGAGUUUUCAAUCAGAAUGAGAGGAGAGGAAAGGGGAAGACAACUUUAUAAACAACUCAAG